CUUUAAAAGCGUGAUUUUAUCCUAGGGAAUCUACCUGUGUUUUUGGUUCAUAAGCAAUAUUAUUUUACGUCAGUGCAGGGUGGAUGUCUGUUCAUUUUAAUAAUCCCGGAUACUUGCCGGUUAAUUACUGUCGCUUGUUUUCGCCGGUGUGCCCCGAGAGAUCAGUGUGUUUGUUUGUCGACAGAGCAACUUUCUCCAUGUGACGCGUCUGUCGGUGGAAAGAGAAAUCGAGGGAGACGCCGGCAGAAAUGAUCCGUGUAAACUGUUUUUCUAUUCUUUAAUCGUUUUGAUAUCUUGCUCCUGUUAACUUUGCUAAAAAUGAAGUUUCUAGAUAAAAGUUUGUGAAUGACAGUAGCGAAUAAUGUUUUUUUUAAGCGCUUAGUUAGUUGGCUGUGGUGAGAAGAUCAAAAAUGGAGUCAAGUUUCAACAGGUUUUUGAAUAAAAUGAAAGGUAAACUCAGAGUAACCGCUUCCGAGUGAGGCUUUCGACCUUUUUUUCUUUUCUUUUUUUUUUUUUUUUUUGGUGAUGGGCUCGGUGACUUCUGCUCUAACAAGAACAAGAAACGCGUUGGUGAAAGUGGGUUCAGAGCCGGAGAGUCAUGACCCGGAGAGGAGCCAGUCCGCACCUGAAUCGGACCGGGCCAGGAAGAAGAGCGCACGGUUCAACGUCUCGAGCCAAACCGGACGGCCGAGUUCCCGCCAGUCGCUGUCCGAGGUCCUGAGCAGGCAAGACUCCGACGGAGCCAAACAAACAUCGAAGAAAAAGACUCCUGAAGGUUCACCGAGCGUGGCAAAUGAAGAUGGUGAAAGCUCCGCCAGACCACUGGCCAAUUUUGCACGCUCAAAGUCCCAGAGUGCUUUGUGGAACGCCAUCACGGCAGGGAUGGGGAUCAAAGGCAAAGAGCAGAAGGCCCCCCUGAAUGACCCCCGAAGUCCUGAGGAGAUUCUGGCUGACGAUCUUCCUGCAACAGAUGAACCAGAUGCCACAGAGAAAACUGCAAUCAGAUUAAGAUGUCUGGUGAAACAACUGGAGAGAGGAGAGGCUUCCCUCUCUGACCUCAAGAAAAACCUUGAGUAUGCAGCUUCGGUGCUGGAAUCUGUUUACAUCGAGGAGACAAGGCGUUUGGUGGACACAGAGGAUGAGCUUAGCGACAUCCAGUCAGAGUCGGUACCCUCGGAGGUGCGGGACUGGCUGGCCUCCACCUUCACCCGCCAGAUGGGCUUGAUGCUGCGACGCAAUGAGGAGAAACCUCGCUUCCGCAGCAUCGUCCAUGCCGUCCAGGCUGGAAUAUUUGUUGAGAGGAUGUACCGACGUACCUCCAAUAUGGUGGGACUCAGCUACCCCCCUUCUGUCAUAUCUGUGCUUAAGAAUGUUGACAAGUGGUCGUUCGACGUGUUCGCUCUAAAUGAGGCCAGCGGAGAGCACGCACUUAAAUUCAUAUUCUACGAGUUGCUCACAAGAUACGACCUUAUUAGCCGUUUCAAGAUCCCGAUCUCCGCGGUGGUGUCGUUCGUUGAGGCUCUAGAAGUGGGAUACAGCAAACAUAAAAACCCCUACCACAACCUGAUGCAUGCUGCUGAUGUCACACAGACUGUACACUACUUGCUACUUAAGACCGGCAUGGUGCAUUGGUUGACUGAGCUGGAGAUCUUUGCCAUGAUCUUUGCAGCAGCGGUGCACGACUACGAGCACACAGGGACCACAAACAACUUCCACAUUCAGACAAGGUCAGACACAGCUAUCCUGUAUAAUGACCGCUCCGUGUUGGAGAGUCACCAUGUCAGCGCAGCCUACCGCCUACUGCAGGAUGACGAUGAAAUGAACAUCCUCUACAACCUCUCCAAGGAUGACUGGAGAGAGUUGCGGGCUCUGGUGGUGGAGAUGGUGCUGGCCACAGAUAUGUCCUGCCACUUCCAGCAGGUUAAGGCCAUGAAGAACUUCCUGCAACAGCCUGAGGGCAUUGACAAGCCCAAAGCCCUGUCCCUACUGCUGCACACAGCAGACAUCAGCCAUCCAGCCAAAAACUGGGACCUCCACCACCGCUGGACCACCUCUCUGCUGGAGGAGUUCUUCAGACAGGGGGACAAAGAAGCAGAGCUCGGGCUGCCGUUCUCUCCACUCUGUGACCGAAAAUCCACAUUGGUGGCACAGUCCCAGAUCGGGUUCAUAGACUUCAUUGUGGUGCCCACCUUCACUGUGCUGACAGACAUGAUGGAACGUAUCGUCACGCCGCUCAUCGACGAGGCCUCCCAUUCAGGUUUUGCAGGCUUUCGGCGCUCGAGCCUGAACAGUAUUAGCUCAGAGGAAGCCAAGAGGCACAGUGUGAAGAGCAUAGGCUCCGACAGCAGCUCAGGCCAGAGCUCUUUGCUGACGGUGGACAUGAAGAACUUUAAGGCGUUGUGGAAUGAGGAAGUUUAUCAGAACAGAGAGAGGUGGAAAGCUCAGGCUGAUAAAGAGGCGGAGGAGAGAGCUAAAAGAGAAGCGGAGGAGCAAGCCCAGCAGGAGGAGGCCAUGGAGCCCCAAGAGGUCCACACAGAAUCAGAACAACCUGAACCAAAUGAGGACAAAUUGGAGGGGAAGGCGCCAGAGUCAGUGGAGGUCAGCAGACCACCAGAUGGUAACACAGUGGAAACAGAGCAGGGAGCGCAGAAGAAUCCACCAAUGCAGAACGGAGAGCUGUCUGAAGGGGCUGAAUCUCCAGAGAGUGUAGAAGACAAGAACGCAGGAGCUGAUGCAGAGGUGGCGAUGGAAUAAUCAAGCUAUGGAGCAUCACAGCCACACUGUUUGCAUCUGUACUGCUGUGGAUCUGAACCUGCUUUUACCCACAUGGGAGGACUCGCCAGAGGGAACAGCAAUUAGUUGGACUGUGUCGCCCUCUACAGGACACCAAGAAACUGACACCUUCACUUUCUUUUUUUUUUUUAGUCUCUCAUAUGAUCAACUGUUUUCACUUUGCUUUUUACUUUCACCAUGUUUCUACUCCCAGGCUCUUGUGUGCAGAGCUUGCAGCUCUCUCUCUCUACCCAUGUGCAUUAAUCCUCCCUUCUUGCUUACUGAUAAAGAUGACAGAAGAAGAUUUAAUGACCUUAAGACAACAGUGAGGAUAAGGAGGAGCCUUUGAUAGACUGCUUUUGUGUGUUUCUUUUACAUGUCGCCAUUGUAAAAACCUCACUUUUUAACACUGCUUUAUUAUUCUCUGUCAACACAAGGUAUAGUCUGUUAAAAGUUUAUUUAGAGACACGAGGUUAUUUUGGUCCUUACAGAGUAACACAUGAGUACAGAUUUGUGGGAAAUGCAGAUUAGAUGCACAGUAAGAGGGACUAUUACAACUGCUGCAUAUAGUAGUAUGUACAGUAUAUGAGUAUGUGUACAGUACAUGGUGGUAACUGAGUACACUGGAGUUAAAUUCACAGGUCUGCAGCUCUACCAUUUUACUAGCAAGUACUCCUUAAACAAAUCCACUCUAUGUAGAAAAGUCUUCACAGAUCACGCUUCUGCUUUAGGAGCUCCUGUUGAGAGUCUCUUCUGCUUGCUGCGGUGACUACAAAAAACAUUUUUUACCACCACUUGUGGCUCAAUCUGUUCCCUUACUAUGUUUACUUUCUUGCUUUCCUCAGACAUUGUGUCCUUGCAGCCCGGUUUCAAUCAUUUGUUUGUGUGUUAUUGCCGUCUUUACUGUACAUAUUGAAAGUUUCUAUAUGUUUGGAUCUUAGGAGGAAUAGAAAUCCUGUGAUUCCACAAUCCACCGACAGAUAGUUUUGGAUAUAACGUGAAAAAAUGUCCAAAAAUUAGAAUGCAACUUUUGCAUUUCAAACAUAUCACGUACACUAAUGCAUUCAAGUUUUUGUAAUAUAUACAGUUCUUUUUUUGUUUACCUUUUUUUUUUUUGUAACAUUCUUAUUUGUUAUGCAAUGUCCGACAUGAGUCACGCACUAAAUGUGUCUAAUAUCCUCACAAUGUGUGUCACUCUAAAGUUGUCAUCAAAAAGUCUCUGUUGAACGUUUCUUCGUCAGACUUCUUCUCGAUGCCUUCUUAUGUGUAUUUAAGCUGUAGCACAGAGUCAAUAUUGUCGCUGAAUUAGAGAAAAAUCUUAUAUAUGUGUAGUAUUUCUUUUUUUUUUUGCAGAGCAGUUAUGUUACAGCAGCUUCACCUUCUCAGUUGUUGGUGUAAUGUUUAAUCAAUGUGUUUACAGUGUGCUCGUACACCUAUUAGCCAGUUGAAUCCAUCAUGCUUCUGUGAUGGCCGUGCAUCCGAGGCUAUGAGUCCAAACUGUAUCUGCUUCUUGGUUGUUUGCCAGGUUUUUAAGGCUUGUAAGACCCUUGUAAUGUUGCGUAUAUAAGAUGCAAAUAUUGCUUACUGUGCAUAUGUAACAUAUUGAACCUUUGCAACGCUGGUUCAGCUUUUACUAUAUAUGUGUAACUGGAAAAAAAAGAAGCAUUUUGGCAGUAUUUGCAUAAUGAUGGAUAUGUUUUCCCUAAAAUUGUGCACUUUUUUUUCUUUCAUUAGGUUCUAAAUUCUUUUGGUAUGAUAAUCCCGAAAUUCAUAGUGGCAAGAUGAAGUUCUUGGCAUAUUCUAUGUUUAUUUUACAGUAUACUGUACAUGUGUAUACUGCUACCUACACUAAUAUGUAUAGAAUACAUCGGGUUUAAAAGGGGUAAAUAAUUUAACAACUAAAAUUUAUAUAAAUAGGAAUUAUAGAACCUUGUGAAUUUUUUUUAGCCUCUUUGUUUUAAUACACACUCCCCAUUUUUAUAUUAUAAAAGGAACAUUAGUGACACGCUGGGAUAUAGCAGUUUAUCACGCAAUGUAACCAUGCUACUUUCUACCUAAAAAAUACAGUCAGUGGUUAGCAAGCCAGCUGGCUGAACGUGUGCCUCUAUAUGUACUUAUCAUUUCACAUCUUUCACCUGUAGGAAAAGAACUUUGUGAUGUCAUUUGAAUCUGUGCGAAUCCAGGCACAUUCAAAGAAACCAGUAAAUAUCUUCCUACAAUAUUACACACUAAAGAGUCUUGACUAAGACUUUUAUUUUAGACACUGUUGGAAACCUACAGCCUGUUUGUAAAGUCAGCUGUUCAAUGUUGCAGAAGUAUAGUAUUUAUAAUGGUAUAUUUUGCUCUUUUUCAUUUAGAAAAUCUAUUUUCUAGCUGUUUUUGUGCUGUAUAGUGUACGUUUUUUGUUUUAUUGUGCGAUCCUUUUUUGACUCAGAGGAUGGAUUGUCAAAAAAUACGUCUUCAACAUGUAAUGACAUUUUUCUUUUUUUGUCAUUUUGUCUCCCUUCUCUGGUUUUAUUUGUCCCGUGCGUCUGUUCAAUAUGUUUUUUUUGUUUAUUUUUUUCCACCAGCUCUGAAGUCAGAAAUAUUCAAGUGGCUCAAAACUCUGUGAAUUUACAGAGUGCACAUCUUAGCAAAUUAGAUUUAUAAGUAGAACAAACACAAAACCUGUUGUAUCCUCAAAAUAACCUGCCUGACACUUGGUAAAGCAGAAUAUAUUUUCUGUACCAAGGGACCAAUACAUGUACAGUCUUGUAGUUUGCUCUAUCUUUUCACUUGCUACUGUGAUAGCCUACUAUAUGAAUAUUUAACAGGAAUUUAUACCAACCAUAAUCAGAAACAUAGCUGUAUUUAUGACAUGUAAAGACUUCUAAACAUGGUGUUUUGUAAUGGUUACUAUGGAACAGAUUAUUUGUUGUUUGUUUAAUGCUUUGUUUCCUUGUUUAGUCUGAAUCACUCUAUAUGACUGAGGUUAGAUGGAUGUAACGCCUGUGUGUGUGUGUGUGUCUGAAACGCCGGAAAAUUCAUUCAAAUUUUAAAUUCAAUUCAAAUUCAUGCAUUUCUGAUCUCCUCACUGUGACCUGCUCUAUUGAUAAGAGUGUUGAGAUGAGUGUGUGACAUGACUGGGUGCAUAUGUGUGUAUGUGUGUGUGUGUGUGUGUGUGUGUGUGUGUGUGUGUGUGUGAGUGUGUGAGACAGAUGAAGAGAGAGAGAUAAACAAAAAAAAGUGAUGCAGUGGACCGUGUAAAGCUAGAUAAACAAUUCUCACCACCACUUAACAAUCAAAAAAUGCAUUUCAGAUAAACACUUUUUUCCACUUUAAAGAUCCAAUCUUCAUAUGGUUUAUAUCCCUCAUCAGGCUGAAUAUGUUUACAUAUAUAAAACAAAAGUAGACAUAUUCUCAAGGUCAAAUCACAAACUUAUGCUUGCCUAAAACCAAGGUGAAACAUUUUAAAAAAGAGAUAAAACAGUCCACUACAUCCCUGAAUAGAAUGACUUAGAGAGUGUGUAUGGGUGUGUGCGUAUGCAUGUAUGUGCAUGCAUGUGUGUGUCACUGUCCCAUGCCGGCCAGGCGGCCGUGUGUGCCACCAUGCUAUGUGACUGCACAGCCGUAUCAAUAAAUCUGGACUCA